ACAUCGAGGUCCUUAACGAGAACGACAACGUGCCGAUGAGCGAGGAGGCAGUUUACUACCCCAGCGUGUUGGAGGAGAGCCCUGCCGGCAGCGAGGUCCUCCAAAUAAGAGCAACGGACAGGGACAAGGACCCUAGCCAAGAAAUAACAUACAAGAUUACAUCCGGGAAUCCCGAGGGAUUCUUCGCCAUCAACUCGACUACAGGUGUUAUUACCACCACUUCCAGGAAAUUGGACAGGGAGGCCCAAGACGAGCACAUCUUGGAGAUAUUAAUCAGUGACAAUGGAACACCUCCCUUGUCUUCAAUAACGAGAGUAGUCGUCAAAGUUGAGGAUAUCAACGACAAUACUCCAGAAUUUGAACAAAUAUCCUACGAUGUCCAAAUUCCAGCCAGUGGUACUGAAAUAGACCAGCCAAUGUUCCAGAAAGACUCGCCGGACGAUUUCGACGGAGCUGACGCAGCCCUCGACGACGACACGUGGGAAACUUACGGUCCUGCUGACAUGGUCGGCCUGGACCGCAUCCUGCGGGUCCUUGCGUUUGAUAGAGAUAUAGGACAGAAUGCUAAGCUACGCUACCACAUAAAAUCCGGAAAAGGAAGAUCGAAAUUUAAAAUCGACAACAGUACAGGAAUCGUCUACGCUCAGAAAGGAUUUGAACCUGGGCAGGAAUACGAGCUCAAUAUCAAAGUCAGCGAUGGAGGAAAUAUCUCGAAACACAGCAUCUGCAAGGUGUCUGUUCACAUCGUUCCAGUACCAGCCACUUCCAAAAACCCGCCAGAGGUGAAAAUCCCUCAACCUGUCAAAUUGACAGAGAGCGAAGAGAUCGGAUUUUUGGUUGCCUCUAUUUCAGCAACUGACCCAGACAAUGAUACCCUCUGGUACGAUAUUGUUGAUGGUGACGAUCGCAAUGAGUUCUACAUCGGUAGGGACGUCGGCAACAUCCUAAUCGCCCAAAAAUUAGACUGCGAGAUACAGAGCGAAUACACCUUAAACAUAAGCAUCACCGACACCAUAUACACCAUUUAUAUUCCACUCAACAUAUCCGUACUGGACAUCAACGACCACCGACCAGAGUUUUCAGAAAGCUUGUAUAAGGUAGAAAUAUCCGAAGCCGUUCCACUAUACACGGAAGUGCUGAAGCUAAAAGCGACUGACAAAGACGAUAACGAAAAGCUGAUCUACAGUUUUCACUCGGCCGAGAAUAUCAUAUCGUUACGUACCUUCUUAUUGGACUCGAUAACGGGGGUUAUAUCCCUAGCGGCAAGCUUGGACAGGGAAUCCAUAAGCGAGCACAUCUUAACCGUUAUGGUGCGUGACGGGGGUACCCCAGCCAAAAGAAACUUCGCUAGAGUUCAAAUAAUCGUCCAUGACCACAACGACCACAGUCCCCACUUCUCUGACAAGAUCCUGGUAGGAAAAGUCUUUGAAUCCGCUACCGUAAACAGCGCGGUGCUAAGAGCGUUUGCCGUGGACCACGACAAAGGCGAAAACGCCCGCAUAACGUACUCCAUCAUAUCCGGAAACGUUGGGAACGUUUUUACCAUCGACCCCGACUUGGGAAUCAUUAGCAUAGCUAGGGAUUUAGACUUGACCACCGUCAACGAAUACACUUUACAUAUAAGAGCGACGGAUCAUGGUCAGCCCGCUUUGUCCUCGACAAUACCCGCUCACAUAAUGCUUACUAUGGCGGACAACUCUCCGCCCAAGUUCAAUUCUGAGGAGAUAGCGGCUGAGAUUUAUGAAGACCAGCCGUUAGGCAGCUAUGUCGCUCAUUUGGAUGUGAAAAGCACUUCUUCGUUGCAGUUUGAGAUUUUGUCGGGCAAUAAGGAUAGUGCUUUCAUCAUUAGCCCGAGUACAGGGGUUAUAACCACGCAGAAGUACUUGGAUUACGAGACUACUAAGUUCUACAAUUUAUCUGUGAUAGCUACUAAUAUGGCCUCUAUAUCAGCAUCUUGCAACGUGAUCAUCCAUAUAUUAGAUAAGAACGACAACGUCCCCGAGUUUCUACAAUCACACUACGCCGGAAUUAUCAGCGAAUCUGCCCCCAUAAAAUCACUAGUUUUAACGAACACGAGUGAGCCGCUCGUGAUCAAGGCCUUUGAUGCAGAUUCGGAAGGAAAUGCCUUAUUACAUUACGAGAUCAUCGAGAUCUUACCUAGACGUUAUUUCGAAAUCGACUCUAACACCGGUGCUAUUAGGACUAUAAGAUUAUUAGACCAUGAGACGUACAGUAGUUUCUCGUUUCACGUAGAAGUUUCCGAUCUAGGAAAACCUAGGCUUUCGUCAGAAACCACCGCCAAAGUAGAUAUCGUCGUUACGGAUGUAAAUGAUUGUUCACCUGUGUUCUCGAGUCCCGUUUACAACGUAACAUUGCUAUUACCUUCAUAUAAAAAUGUUGCAGUGAUUCAGGUUAAUGCGACAGACCCAGAUAGCUCAGAAAGCGGUGCCUUGAAGUAUGACAUAAUAGAAGGAAAUAAACUGGGCAUUUUUGACAUCAAUUCCAAAACUGGUCUAAUAACUCUUGUAAAACCGGACAACUUAAAACCUUCCUACAAACUCCAAGUUAGAGUCUCCGAUGGCCAGUUCGGAAGCGUCGCUAAAGUCUACAUCCGCGUAGAAGAGUCUGAUAAUUCCGGAUUGGUGUUCCAAAAACCUUUCUACGAGGGAUCAAUCAUGGAAAACUCCACAAAAAUUACCCACGUGUGCGUAGUUAACGUUCUGGGGAGUGCCUUAAAUGAACAUUUAGAGUUUAGGAUCUUAAAUCCCACCGAUAUGUUCACCAUAGGUCCAACAUCGGGCGUGAUACGGACCACCGGGCUUAAGUUUGACAGGGAAGUCCAAGACAAGUACGAACUUAUCGUAGAAGCCAGAAGCAACAUGCCGCCUAGAGAUCGUCCUAGAGUUGCUCAUGUCAUAGUCAACGUUACCAUCCUGGACAUUAACGACAAUUGUCCGAUGUUCGUCAAUUUGCCUUACUACGCGGUGGUGUCUGUGGAUGACGAGAAAGGCAGUAUCAUUACCAAAGUGCAUGCUAUAGAUAUGGAUAGUGCCGAGAAUGGGGAAGUACGUUAUGAACUUAUUAAAGGACACGGGGAGCUGUUCAAAGUUCACAGGGAGACGGGAGAUAUCGAAAUUAAGCAAAAUUUAGAGGGACACAACAAGGAAUACGAACUACUUAUAGCUGCUUACGAUAAAGGAAUGUCACCUUGUAGGACGGACGUUACGGUCCACGUUAAGGUGAUAGAUAGAUCCAUGCCAGUUUUCAAGAAACAAUUCUACUCUGAAAUAAUCCCCGAGAACGUGGAGUUGCAUUCCCCAUUAUCUAUUUCCAUCGAGGCUGAGUCUCCGCUCUCGCGUAAACUUAUUUACAGCAUAGUAAAGGGCAACGAACUGGAGGAAUUUGCACUUGAUUUUAACACAGCAUUUCUGCCAAGAAAACCGAAAAUGUACAAAAACUUGACUGCAUUUUUAGUAACUCUUGCAAACGAUACAGCAGCCCCAGACAGUAACAAUGGUCCCUGUGUGAUUUCGGUGGUAGACGAACUAGACUACGAACAACAGUCGCAGUACGAACUACUGAUCAGAGCUACCGACUCUGUGUCUGGCGUCUACGCCGAAGUACCAGUGUCAAUUGUCCUUCAAGACGUCAAUGACUGUCCCCCAGAGUUUACCCAAGAAAGCUACAAUGUGUCGAUAUCUGAAGCUGCUCAAUUUGGCACUGCCGUUCUAACUGUAUUGGCUAUUGAUAACGAUACCGGAACCAACCAAAAAAUACUGUACUCCAUACAGAAAGACGAGAAUAACGCCACCGAAUACUUCUAUAUCGAUGAGAAUGAAGGGACGAUUUACUUGAAACAGUCUUUGGAUCAUGAGGAAGCGAGCUCACAUCAUUUUAUCGUCGUCGCUACGGAUCAGGGAGUACCUAGCAUGGCUAGUACAGCACAUGUUUGGUUAAGCGUGUUGGAUAUGAACGACAAUGCCCCAAAAUUCGACCAAUCAUCAUACUCGUGCGGCUUAUCCAUAAACGCUAAAAGAGACCAAUUCGUCACCAUCGUAAAAGCGAGUGACCUCGAUGAAGUGGACCAAAACAAUCUCCGUUACACGAUAGUAGCGGGAAACGAGCAACAAACCUUUUCCAUGAAUCCCGACACGGGUAUAAUCACCUUGACUAACUUGGCGAACUUUGGCAACAAGCAAAUCAUGUUGCUGAAUGUUUCUGUGUCCGACGGUGUUUACACGAACUUUGCACGGUUGAAAGUAGAAUUGUUGCCGGCAAACUUACAUCCGCCUCACUUCGAAGAUAUUAUAAGGGAUGUACAGAUACCGGAGAAUAGGAUGCCAGGCUACCCCGUUGCCACGGUCAAUGCGACGGAUGAAGACAUGGGGGAGUUUGGAACUAUAACUUACAGCAUUCAAUCCGAUUUGAUGAACGAUGUAUUCUCCAUCGAUAAGCACUCUGGGAAAAUCGUCACUAAGACUAGAUUGGAUAGGGAGAAGAAAAGAAUGUACGAGUUGCUCGUAAUUGCAACAGAUGGCGGCGGUCUCUCCGAUUUUCUAACUGUACGAGUGAGAGUUUUGGACGAAAAUGACAACGUCCCAAAAUUCUUGCUAAAAGAAUAUAAAAUUAGUAUUCACUCAAAUCUGACCACUAGUACCAGUUUUGCUAGAGUUAAAGCGAUAGAUAUCGACGAAGGGAUAAACGCACAAAUAGAAUACUCGAUAUACGAGAAGAAAUCUUCCGAUGUAGCAAGUAUUUUUGGUAUAGACACUGCGACGGGAGAUUUGUUCCUGCAUAAAAAUGUUUAUUCUUGGGUGGGUGAAGUGUUUCAAUUCUUCGUCCGAGCCACCGACAAAGGGAGGCCUGAAAAACAUGCUGACAUUCCAGUCAAUAUUUUGAUUAUGGGACCAAACGAUUUCCCGCCGGUUUUCGACAGGAGGGAUGGGAAAUUUUUCUUGUCGGAGAACUCUCCCACAGGUACAAUAAUUACACGUCUCAAAAUCGUAUCAAACAUCACAACCGUCAAUUUCCAAAUAAUCUCCGACUAUGACGAAAGCCCACAAUUCCACGUAGAUUCUCAAGGUCAAGUUUCCUUGGCUAGACCUUUAAAUUUUGAAGCGCAGACUUUCCACCUCAUCGGAGUUUUAGCUCUGUCCGACUCCAGUCCUCCUUUGACAGCUUUAGCAGAAAUUGUACUGCAAGUUCAGGACGAAAACGACCAUGCCCCGGUGUUUGAAAGUAACACCUACGUUCUCUAUCUAGGGGAAAACGUUGCUGAAGGAACAUCUGUUUUGAGAGUGGUUGCGCAUGACCAAGACCAAGGCAGUAACGGGGAAGUGAGGUACAAUUUCGGCUCCGACAUUGGUGACACCACUAACUUCUUCGCGAUAGACUCCCACAAUGGCUGGAUAAGCACCAUAGCUCAGUUAGACAAAGAAACCAAAGCCGAAUAUAAAUUUUAUGUAACGGCAACCGACAAUGGUACACCAAAACACUCGGCACGAACCACCAUCAUAAUAAAACUUAAAGAUUCCAACGACAGCCCUACUCUCUUCAAAGAACCGUUGUAUAACAGUUCAGUUAUGGAGGAUGCCUUGCCGGGCACCGUGCUACAAACGCUGUCCACUAAGGAUGCCGAUAGUGAUUUGUCAACACCAGUGGAGUUUUAUAUAAUAUCGGGAGAUCCAAGUUCGCAAUUUCAGAUCAGGCAGACUGGGGAAGUUUAUGUUGCUAAGACGCUGGAUAGGGAGAAAGUCGGAAACUAUAACCUGGAAAUCAUUGUUACUGACGGACUGUUCACUGACACUACCAAUGUGGCGGUUACUGUUCUAGAUGCUAAUGAUAAUCCACCCUACUGUUUGAAAUACCGCUACAGGCAAAUACUAUCAGAAGGCAUCCUACCAGGAUCGUAUGUACUCUCUGUGCUAGCCACCGACAUAGACGGUCCGGAACACUCCCAACUACGUUAUAUUUUAACAGGCGAAGGCUCUGAGAACUUUAUAUUAGAAAAAGAAACCGGUCUGUUAAAGACGGUCACGUAUCUAGACCGAGAAAAGCAAUCCAAGUACCUACUAACUGCGCACGUACACGACAAAGAAAAAUCGAGUUGGGAAUGUUCUUCGCAGAUAGAACUUUUCGUAUCCGAUCUAAACGAUAAUGCACCGCUAUUCUCUCUACCCUAUUACUCUGUUGCUUUACCGGAAGAUGUUGAAAUAGGCACUUUGGUCACCAAGAUCCACGCCACAGAUGCCGAUAUCGGCAUCAACAAAAAAAUUAAGUAUUCUUUCAUUGACUCCUUCAACGACCACUUUGUCAUGGCCGCCGAUAGUGGAAUCGUUACAUUGGCCAAACCAUUAGAUCGAGAACUGCGAGCCGCGUACAAUUUAACUAUACAAGCCGUUGACCAAGGCACACCACAAAUGUCCAGCGUGGCGUACCUUAUCGUAAAUGUGCAGGAUAUCAACGACAAUCCACCCGAAUUCGAAACAAAAUACUACUUCGCCACCGUUCCGGAAAUAGAUGCGAUUGGAACGGAAGUCGUCCGGGUUCUCGCAACAUCUAAAGACAUCGGGGCCAACGCCGAAGUUUAUUAUUCUGUCAUAGGAGGUAACGAGCACAAGAAGUUUACCAUCGAUAAUAAAACGGGGGUCAUCUCGAUAGCCGACAUGUUGGAUUUCGAGAGAGCGAAGGAUUAUUUCUUGACAAUCCAAGCUGUCGACGGAGGGACUCCUCCCUUGAGCAAUGUGGCCACGGUUAAUAUCACCGUAACGGAUUGCAACGACAACGCCCCUGUGUUCACGCAGGCAUCGUACAGUGCCAGGAUUAGGGAAGAUGCUCAAGUCGGUGAUAAAAUAUUACAAAUUAUUGCAACAGAUCUGGAUAGCGACAAGAACGGUGAAGUGUCUUACUCGAUAAUAAGAGGAGACAACCUAAAUCAAUUCGACGUAGACGAAAAAAGUGGUUACGUGUCAGUGGCUGGUGAAUUGGACCGAGAAACAAUAUCAAGCUAUGUACUGGAGAUCCUGGCGAAGGAUAAUGGUGUACCGGUACUUUCCCGGCAGACGCUAUUAAAUAUAGAAAUCUCAGAUGCCAACGACAAUCCUCCGUUGUUCUCACAAAUAAAUUACACUGCCGUGAUACAGGAGGAUAAACCUUUAGGCUACCCGAUACUUAAAUUCUCAGUCACUGACGCAGACACGGUCCCGAACACGGUUCCUUACACCUUCGAUUUCCGGAUUGGAAAUGAAGGGAACAGCUUUCGACUGGACCAAGACGGGGUUCUGAGAAGCGCCACAAAAUUCAACUAUAAAAUUAGAGACACGUACCUACUACAAAUCCGAGUGUUCGAUAACGGCAGCCCGCCCCUCUAUUCCGACGCCUGGGUUGUCGUUAAAGUUAUCGAAGAGUCGCAGUAUCCACCGAUAAUCACCCCUCUGGAAAUAAACAUCAACUCGUACUUGGACGAGUAUCCCGGUGGCAUAAUCGGGAAGGUGUACGCAAACGACCAGGACCAAUAUGAUACUUUGACUUACUCUCUGUCGCCUACUGCGGGUAUUUCCUACCCGACUCAUGAACUUUUCCAAAUAAACCGAACGGAUGGUACUUUAACCGCCUUGCCCCGCCUAGAUGUUGGAGAUUACCGUCUCAAUGUUUCCGUAACUGACGGAAAAUUCUCUACCUACAGCAUAGUCAAAGUUAACGUCGAGACGCUAUCUGAUGGUAUGCUGGAAAGUUCCGUUGGCAUAAGGUUCCGUGAUGUCAGCCCCGAAUCGUUCAUCCUCAGUCACCGAAAAGGCUUCGUGCGAGCCGUAAGAAACGCUAUGAAUUGCAGGUUAAAAGACGUCGUUAUUAUCAGUGUUCAACCGUCGAACGACGAAGAUUUACUAAGAGCAAAACGGUACAUCAAUAAAGAUUUGGACGUCCUUUUUACCGUCAGGAAACCUGAUGACGGUUUUUAUUCGUCGGAAGAAAUUCGGAAAGCUCUAAACGACAACUUGGAGGAGCUCGAGGAGAGUACGAAAUUGGUCGUAGAGGAAAUAAUCAGAUUGAAGUGCAACAACAAAUACUGCUUGUAUGGCGUUUGUCAAGACCAUUACAUACUCGACGCUUCCAUCAUAGAACCUGUUUCUACGGACGUUAUGAGCUUUGUUUCCCCGAGACACCAUCAAAAACUCGAGUGUAUCUGUAAGGAAGGUUACGGCGGUGAACGUUGUGAUAUUAUAGUCAACGAGUGUGCCAGGGAACCUUGCCCGACCUACAAGAUAUGCAUUCCGGACGCUUCUCCCGUAGGCUAUUCCUGUCAGUGUCCGGAAGGUUAUGCCGGGCCCACUUGCGAGGUGGACAUCUCUAAAUGUCACGAUCAAAAUUGUUACAUCGCCAGAAAUCCCAUUUCGUUCAGCGGGAAAAGUUACUCGCAGUACAGGAUCAUUAAUAAAAAAUCGAUAGAGGACCAGCUGAGCCUCAGUCUAAGGAUAAGGACUUUGCAACCGACCGGGAAUUUGAUGUAUGCUGCGGGGAAAGUCGAUUACAAUAUCUUAGAGAUUGUUAAUGGUGGAGUACAAUACCGUUUCGAGCUAGGUAGCGGGGAAGGUAUAGUUCGCGUAUCAGACAUCUACGUAUCUGAUGGUAGCUGGCACGAGAUAAAACUAGAAAGGGACCGCAACAAUGCAAAAAUAGUUAUCGAUGGCACCCACAGUGCCCAAGGCUCGGCUCCCGGUAUAAGCGACAUUCUCAAUCUUCAAAGUGACGAAAUGUACCUGGGCGCCGAAGUUCACCAGCAUCCUUCUAUCCUUGGCUUUGAAGAUGUUCAACGCGGCUUCUCGGGUUGCAUGGACGAUAUUAGAAUAUCCCGAGUCUCCGUCCCCCUUCAUAAAUCUGGAGAGAACUCGGUUGUCGUUUUGAAAAGAUUCGCCAAUGUUGAAUUUAGUUGCGAUACCAGCAGUAUCCUCGUUCCACCAGGGCCGUGCGGUUCUCAACCUUGCAUGAACGGCGGGACUUGCCGUGAGACUAAGAACGGGUACGAAUGCGAGUGCCACUCGCGAUACAAAGGAACGCUUUGUGAAUUAGACACAGACCCAUGUGCCUCCGCGCCUUGUUUGUACGGUGGAAAAUGUACCCCUACAAUAGCAGGAGAUUUCGUUUGUGAAUGCGUUCUUCGACUGAGCGGGAAAAGAUGCGAGUACGGCCGUUACUGUGCUCCGAACCCCUGUAAGCAUGGCGGAGUAUGUGAGGAAGGAGACGAAGGGCCGCUGUGUAAAUGCCGUGCCUUUGCUGGAGAAUACUGCGAAUAUGAUUUGAACGAGUGUGAUUCUUCCCCCUGCCAAAAUGGCGGAACGUGCAUAAACGAAAUCGGAUCCUUCCACUGCAUCUGCCCUUCGAAUGUAACGGGUACCUACUGCGCCAACUUGAUCUACAACACCCCUAUAUCCACGACUUUCUACAACAUAACCUGGGAAGAGCUGAUUUAUUUCGGCAUAGGCGCUGGGGCCCUCCUUCUAUUAAUAAUUCUCUGCAUAUCGUGCAAGUGCUGGAUCAACAAACGCAACAGGAGGAGACGCAACAUGAUCAACAAUGAAAACCUGAAAGACAACAUCGUGUUGAAUUCCACGCGUCCCCACGAGAUGUCGGAGUUCAAACGAGGCUCGAAACUUAGCAACCUAGAAGUCAAUCAGCGUGACAUGCCGCUCUGUCCACCCAGGCCCGUUUCCUAUACUCCUAGCUCUCAGAACGAUCCAAUCUACAACUGCGCCACCGUUAUGCUGAACAAUUUGGACACGCUUAGAAGCUACGGUUCGGCAGGUGACGAACUGGAAAACGUUCCGCCGGAUUACGUGAAAAAUUUGAACAGGAGCACUCCCCAGGGCUGUAUCGGUAAUCAUUGCGACUCGGAGAAGACGACUUGGGCGGAACAGAUGCAUCUAGCGUCGAGUUUGAACGACAAACCCAAAACUAAAAAUGAUUAUAAAGUCUCUAGUCCAGUCAACUGUGAUGUGCCGAAUAGACUAUAUGGGGGAAGAAGUAAUACCAUCAACAAUAUCAAGCCCAAUGGAUCAAUUUGUACCGACGAUGAUCAACGGAGUAUGGGAAGUUAUCAUUGGGAUUGUUCGGAUUGGGCGCGGCAUAGCCAGACACUGCCUAACAUAACGGAGGUCCCAGGCAGUGAAAUACCUGACUCCUCCAGCUUUCAUAGUAACGAAAGUAACGAAUCUCGCUGUCACCUGCAUCCCUCGGUGCUGGGCCCCCUCGACCCACAUCGAGACAUUGAGACACUCAACGAAGACAUUGAAUCCGAAUUUAUGGCUGAUACCGAGUGCGAUACUAGCCGAAUCAGCCCCAGUCUCAAUGCUCUUGAUAGUGGAAAUGAAGAAUAUAGAUUUACCACAGACAGCUAUAUACGUCAUCCUAACUCAUAUCUACCCCCUCAUGGGUACAACAUUCCAAGUGAAGUUGAGGGCGACUGCUUGCAGAGCCCCGGGGCAGAGUCCGACGAUGUGGAACCUUACGGAUUUCCCAGCAACAGAAAUAGAAGGAAAAACUGUGAUGAUGACAUUUCAUCCGUUAUUACUACUUUAGAAGAACGUCAUUCUCUGCUGGGAGGCUACGCCAGCAACAGCGACCUCUCGACCAACCUGUGCGAAAUCGAGGAUUCCGAAUACGAGACUGAACACAAACCCCUGAACUACCUAGGAGGUGUUCAACAGACGUCCGUCUGACACAGACCGAACUCGGGCACCCUGAAGAAGGCCCGCUUCCUUGGAUAGCAUAAUAUUACUGUUGUACCUAUGAGUCCCAUUUAGGUUAAGGUGGCAUAUACGGCUUCAGUAUUGUAAAAUGUAAUCUUGUAAUGAAAUUUUUUUAUUAUCACCUUUCUACAAUUUUAUAUUUCAUGUUAGGAAUUGAAUAGUUAUCGAUUUAAAUGGUUUUUAUCAUAGCGGUUGCAUAUCAUGGGCUAUCGACGGAGGGGUUUCUUUUACUUCCGACGGCAACUUUUCUUUUUUACGAGCUCCUCCGUUGAUAAGAGACGUCUACUUAAAAAUUUGUAUAUAUGAAAGCAAAUCAAAUAUUUUUGUAAUCUUAGUUAAGAAUAUUUUAGUUUGGAUGUUUCAAUAUACAGGAUGUUAGCUGAACUAGCACGGGAACGCAGUAUAUCUCGACUAUUUAUUUGACGAGUGAUUGUGUUACUCGAUGAUGUAUUUUCGUCGUAAACCGUUUUAUUCCAGUUUUUUAUUUUAAUCAUUUUUUACGAUAGGGAAGUAAUUUUAGGAUAAAUAUGUGCCUAAUUAUAGAGCUGAACGAAGGCAGCUCCGUUUAUAAAACUCACUACUUAGCACUUAGUUCUUAUCAAGAAGACUCGGAACCACUUAUUCCAUUUAUCUAUAGAAAUUUUUGUGUUAGGCUGGCACAAUACUGUUGGGACAAGUGUGGAGGCGAUUAUCUAAAAAUAUUUCCAAUACAGUGUGUUUAUGCUAAAAAUUGAUCUUUUCCUCUUCGUAACUAUUUAUCGGGUAAGCUAGUGUUGACAUUUUUGAGAAGUAUAGGAAAUAGACAAAAAGUAGUUCAAAUGUCCCGGGAUUGAUUCUUCAUUUAAGAGCAUUUCGACUGUUUUUUUAUGUCAAAAUCCAAAUCCCCAAAUGUCAAAAUUGGUCCACCCUAUACAGAGUUACAGUAAAAGGUUAAGUUUUCAUUGAACAUACAAUAGACUAUUUAAUUUUAACGGGUAUUCAUUCAAUUUUGCACUUCGUAUUUUAAAAAAGUCCACCAGUGGCGUACGUAAAGGGCAGUUUCGAGUUGUAAGGAAGAAUAGUGUUUUACGAGUCGAGAGCUUUAAAGUGUUAAUUCUGUGUGCGCCCCUGGAGUCCGCAAAAAUUUUUAUAGACUAAUGUUAGGGAUUAACUUUUAAGUUGGAUGUUUGAUUAUGCAUGUGAUAUUGUAUGAUAAAUUGUAUAAUAAUUUCCCUUUUACGAGCUUAGUUUUACAAUCUUAAUGAUGUUGAUAAUGUUUUUAAAAUUUGUACCACUGAAAACUAAUUUUUAUUACCAUUAAGGUAUAGAUGAUGUAACUUUUAUAAUAAAACUUAAUA